UUUUUUUUUGAUGUAGGAUGGAGCAAGUGAAGUGCAUGUCGUGGAGAUAGUUUUUAGGAAAGUAGGGGAAAGAGUAGUAGAGUAAUGCGAGGCAGACUUUGAUAUCUUUUGGACGUGGAACCAUGAGGCUGCCACGAGCGCAAGGCCUUUCCCACCCCUUCACUCUUUCGUCUCCGCUUUCUCUCAUUCGUCAGUUUCUCAUCUCCUCCUUGCGUAGUUAAUUGCGAUUAUGAUGUCAAGCACGCAUCCGAUAAACCAGUUAACUGUCACCUUCACGUUGCUUGCCUUUCCCCACACGCAGCAGUGGAGCAUCAAUCGCCAUUUCUGUGUUGUGUAAGGUAUUCGGGGGUGUGAUAAGUCUAACGUUUUAAGUGCCAGGAUCGAUUGACAAUUUGUGUUCGUUUCGAGGUGUGGUCGAGGAUUUGUAAGCAUAGUGGAGAGAUCGUGAGUUUGCAAGAGAGGUGAAGUUGUUGGAGUAAUUGUAAAGAUUCACAGCAUGGCUGCGUCGCCGUCCGCCAUGCUUGUGCGACCGGACGUGGUUUUUGGAAAUUGUAGGAGUGAUGGAGUGGUGCAUGUGUCGCUACGUGUGUGGCCGUCUGGGUUAGCGUUGCGAGGGAGCAGAGUGCAGAUUUGUGUAAGGCGGGAGGCGAAAGGGAGAGUUUCGUGGUCGCACCGGUCUGCUUUGCUCUCGCAGAGGAUGACAGUGCAGAGGAGGCCAGUGAUGUUUGGACGUACGGUAAUCAGGGGUGGCAAGACAUCGUUUGUUGUGCAUGCGGGGGGUACGGAUGAUUUGGGAGAAGUGGAGGAAGUAGGUUCGGGGGAAAUUUUUGAGGAGAAGUUGAACAUGAGUUUGGGGAUUGAAGCUGGAAAUUCAGCUGUCGAGGAUGGUCAUGAUAAUCUGAUUAUCGAGGAGGUUGAAAACUCGCGGCCGUCCGGAUUUAGAGGCAACUCGGCUUCCUCUUUUGGUGCUAUUGAAUUGGAAACGGAUGUGGUGCAUCAAAGUACUAGGCAACAACCGGCGAUGGUAAAAUUUGUGAGGAAACUUGUUCGGGCAUUAAGUGGACUUAAAGAGAAAGAGGAUGCCCUGCUUGAGUUGCCAAGUUCUGUCAAGCAAAACAAGAUUCGGUGGAAUCCGCUUGGAUUUCUGAACGGCUCCACUCCUUCGGCAACUAAGAAGUUGAGAACUAGAGUUUUUGAUGGUCUCCGUAGAGCUGAGGAUGACUUCUUCGCGUUUACAAGCCAGCUCGGCAAGUAUACUUUCGUCAUGGCUGCAACUGGUGCCAUUCUUGCCACAGGUUUUCAGCUGUCUGGAGGAGAACCUCAUCAGGAAGGAGUACUUUGGUUUAGUUGGCUUGCUGGAAUAGUUCUUGGUUCAAUGAUCGGAGCAGGGCAAGUUUUGGAGGGUCAUGCUAGACGAGGUCGGCGCAAUGUAGUUAUCACAGGAAGCACUCGAGGUCUUGGUAAGGCUCUUGCUCGCGAAUUUCUGCGAGCUGGUGAUAACGUCUUCAUUACGUCUCGAAGCCCCGAAGGUGUGGAUAGCACAGUGUUGGAACUUCAGCGAGAGGUUGAUGAGAUGUAUCGCAAUUUCCUUUUGGAAGAGGAUUCGCAAGUGGAUGCAGCAAACACAAGGAUUAGGAAGAAUUGGCCGAAUGUCGUAGGAAUGCCUUGUGAUGUUUCCAAGAGUGAGGAUGUGCGAGCGCUAUCAGAAAGGGUUGUGCAAGAGUUUGGGAACAUUGAUAUCUGGAUUAACAAUGCUGGAAUGAAUAAGGGUUUCAGACCUCUAGUCGAAUUUUCGGAUGAAGAAAUCACACAGAUUGUGUCUACAAACUUGACGGGCUCUUUGAUAUGCACUCGUGAAGCUAUUCGUGUUAUGAAGAAACAACCCAAAGGAGGACACAUUUUUAAUAUGGAUGGAGCUGGUUCUGGAGGCACAAGCACUCCAUUGACAGCAGCGUAUGGAGCAACAAAAUGUGGAUUACGGCAACUUUCAGCUUCCCUAUUGCAAGAAUGCAAGGGUACUCGAGUGGGGAUUCACACUGCUUCUCCGGGCAUGGUUCUCACCGAGCUGCUCCUGAGCGGCGCCUCCCUUCAAAACAAGCAAGUAUUCAAUAUAAUUUGUGAGCAGCCCGAGACCGUAGCCCAAGCGUUGGUGCCAGGCUUGAGGACUGUGAAAGGCACUGGCAAAGCCGUUAAUUAUUUAACCCCUCCACGAAUAAUCCUGGCCAUCCUCAAUGCUUGGUUCAGACGGGGUCGUUGGUUUGAUAAAGAGGGAAGAGCAGUGUAUGCGGCAGAAGCAGAGCGGUUGCGCCUCUGGGCAGAAGGGCGAGAAAAGUCUCCAGUGACAGCAGCAAUGGAGAUGAUUCCCAGUGGAGCAUGGGUUUCUCUCUUUUCAUCAUCUGUGAUCACCGCAUAUGUGAUACUAUCAAAUGUAUCUGGUAGUGGCAGUUCUGGCACAUAAUGUGCCAAGCCAGAUUAUUACAUAUACAUACACAUACGACUGGAUUCUGCUUCUCAUAAAGAUCAAUCGAAGCGGUUAUUCAUUCACAAUUCGUUUCUACCAAAUUUGCUGAAUCAACUGAAAACAGUGGAGUUAGAACUGAAAAUGAUUAAACAUUGAUUUAUUGGUGGCACGGAACAUGCCCAAAAAUCUACAUUAACUUGGUGUAAGCACUAUUCUAGCAUAAUCUGGAUGUUACGCUAUCCAGAAAAUACUUUGUAGCUUAAUUGUUUUGAUUAGGGUAAGAUACGCGCUUCGAUAUAUGCCUUGGGACUCGUGAUUAAAUGUGUUGUUCCAAGUUUGUAAGCUUACCUUUGUUUAGAUGUGCGGAGGAUAUUCUACUAUCCUGCAACAUCUUAAGCUAAGCUUGUAUGUAAUGUACAUAAAAUCUAUCUUUUUUCCUCA